AUGGCAGCUACAAUAGGCAUACUCCCUGCAGAUCUAGGAUCCUCCACGUCGAGAAUCCCAUUACGACCGAAAGCUGUUACUCCUACACCUACAAAUACCAUACGUCGGAAGGGCUCGUUUAUCCGGCUUGCCGACUCGUCGGAAGAAUUGCCAAGUUCACAUGAAUCCAUAUUCGAGGCCUUUUGUUUCUCUGCUAGUGAAGCAAGUAGUCACCAUGCCGAGCUCGUCGACAUCCCCUCUCGCAUUCCAAGACCAGUCAAGAAGAACGACGAGAAUAGCAGAGAUGUAUCACCAUCUAACUUCAUCGAUACGAUUCAUUUUCGCUACGGCAAUGGUACAGUUCUGGAUACGAUUACUGAGCAAAAGAGCUAUACAACCAUCAGCAGCAAAGCGAGGACGAAGUCGGCGGAUAAUAGCCCAAGUAUUCCUUUUCUGGGUCACCGAGAUAGUUUUAUCAUUUCCAAGACCCCGAGACGACAGAUAUCGUUCAGUCUGGAUGAUAUUGAGGAGAUCAAGAGGUCGUAUCAUGAUGCCUGUGUUGUGAUCGAGCAGGAAUUAUGUAAACCAUUACUUGUCCAAGAAAUAUAUGCUGAACCCAAAGUACCCAUCCAAGCACCACCCGACAGACCUCCAACACCGGAAGGAAUGCCCUCUUGGACCGAAGCACAAGUCCUCGCGAUUCCACGUCGCCGUCAAUCAAACCUACCCCAAGCAUCACAUCAAAGUCGAGUUCGCAGAUUCUUCAAUCUCUCCAGUGCCCCAACGUUAAGCUCCUGCCAGGUUUCGGACGAGAGAAACAGAACUGUUUCUGCACCAGUUCCGGGAAGAACAGCACCACGAUUCCGGCCCCCCAAAAGUGUUUAUGGAGCAAUAGAUCAACAUCCAUUCGCCAAAGCUCCGAUUGUGAAAACCCAGUCAGUUGCUCCUUCGGCCAUACCAAGACCUAAAGGUAAACGUCUACAAAAGCAACAGCGAGUACGAUUCACACCAUCCGCGACCGCACGAGAUUCUGAAGCAAACAUGCUUCAAGCUGCAAUAGAAUCAACGACAGCUACAGCACCUCAUCCAUUUCAACCAUUUCCAACUACCGAAACCCCUCCACCGAAGAAAGUCUGCCCGCAUCGAAAAACAAGCGGCUCCAUAGCGGCUCAGGACAAUCCCAGGACUACCACAGCCACUGAAUACUCAACCAUCCACUCCCCGGUACCAUACCAUCGAGACGAAGACACCACUUUGCCAUCCCCAAAUCCAGGAACAGCACUUCCAGACUCCCCCUUACCACAAACCCAAGCCGAGUUAGACUCCCUCUGCGUUCUCGAAUCUCCACAAGAGCGCCCAGCCUCCGUAUCCUCAACAACCUACCUCAUGACAGGCGCUCUUCGAGCACCUACACCACCGCCUCCAUCUGUAGCUCUUGAGCCAGAACUGGCCAAGGAAAACUGGUGCUGGAGAUGUACGUUGCGAUCUGCUGUUGGCAAGCUCGAUGAUUGGUGGAUGAAGAGUGCGAGGUGUAUUUGUUUUGUUUGUUGUGGGUUUGAUAUUGAGGAUGACAUGGAUGGGGAAAGGGAGAGGGGCGAUGGGAGGGGGAAUGGAAGUGGAAGUGGGACUGGAAGUGGGAGAGGGAGUGGGUAUAGGUCUCGGUAUAGUGAGAUGGAGGGACCGAGGAGAGUUGUUGUGGGGAAGACGCUGGCGGGGAGUUUGUGA